GAUAUUAGUAAGUAUUUUCCUACUCCCGAAGUGGGUGUGGUUACUGAGACUAUUAAAGAUCAUGGUGUAGUUCCACAAGCUACUACAAGUACUGCUGAUGAACCCAAUACAACACAAUCUGUCACAUCUAGUCCUUCUGAUGGAGCAGUUGCUAGUAAUUCAUCUUCACAACCUUUAUCACCUAAAGUUGAAGUACAAGUUCCUGUAUCGGAAGGAUUAAUGGGAGAUUUUACGUCAAUGAGAAUGUCUUAUGGAAGCAUGUUUUACCAUGCUGGGAAGAUUAUUAAGCGAAAAUCUCCUCCUUUAGAAGAAAUAAAAGAAUUUCUUUCUUGCUGUAGCACUUUUCUUGGACGAAAAGCAGAACAAUGUAGCAAUCUUUCUAGUGUCUUGCAUCUUAUUCAAAAUGAGUGUUCACUGACUAAUAUUGCACCUCUUUGUAGUGUAGUGGAGGAAAUGGAGAUCACUGAGGCAGAGGAACACAUUGAGAAAUAUAGAACUGAGUUAAAGGAAUUCUGCAAGUCACUCUCCAUUAGUCUUUGUUUGGAGGAAAGGGUUUUCUUCAAUUCCUCAUCUUCAAUGUCAGACAGUUACUCUUUUAUUUGA